AAUUGAAUCGUGGUAGAAAAAAGUCGAACACAAUCGCACUCCGGUUAGUUUAGAAAGUGGAGGAUGCGAUUUUGGACAUCUCCAAUUGGACGGUUCGAGAGAGAGUCGCGCAAAUGACCUAAAUUCGCGUAUUCGCAUCGUUAAUUGUUCAGUGUGCAAGUGCAACUCAAUCACAUAACCUCGAACCACUUCAAGAUGGGAUUAACGCGAAGGAAACCCAAACACUUACCCUUUUUUCGAGGACCGUACUUGCCGGGAUGUUCGGACGUAAUGGUGGGAUAUUUAAAAGAAGGGCUGUUUAUGAGAAUGUAUUACCCUACUGAUAUACCCUUGGAUACGCAAGACGACAGCUCGAUCCUUUUUAAUUACAAUGCAUGGACAACUUGGAUACCAGAUUCCAGUUAUUUGAAGGGUUUAGCUAAAGUACUCAUGAUAUUCCCAUUUUUGAUCCGUUUGGUUUUCUGGUGGUGCGACAUUAAUUUGCUACCCGCUAUUUAUGGGGCCAAGGCGAAAACUGAACAGAAACUAAAGUGCGUCAUAAUGUCGCAUGGUUUGGGCGCCCAUAGAAACUUUUACACCAAUACUUUUUGCGAAUUAGCUUCCAGAGGUUUCCUUGUUGUUUCUGUGGAACACAGGGAUAAUUCUGCUGGUAAUACGUAUUAUUAUAAAAGCAAGGAAGAUGUGAGAAAUGAUAAUAGGGCAAUUAUUGAUCACCUUAACAUUCCUCUAGGAAAAGAUCAUUACAGGAGGAGAAACGAACAAGUCCACUAUCGGUCUGAAGAAUGUUCUAAGGUUUUGGAUCUGUUAGUGAAUCUCAACAAGGGUGAAAUACCUUAUAAUAUUCUUGAUGACUUGCCUACAAACACUGGCAUGUUGUUUAAACUGGCAGAUUUUGAAGGUAAACUGGACUUGGAUAAUAUUACAAUGAUGGGUCAUUCUUUUGGAGGAGCAACCGCGCUUCUAACGCUAUCUAGAAGACCAGAAUUCAAAUGUGGAGUCCUUUUGGAUCCUUGGAUGUUCUGCAUAAAAGAUGAAGACUUGCAUUUAAAAAUAAAACAACCACUACAAUUCAUUAACACGCAAACAUUCCAUUUAAAAAGCAAUGUAAAAGUAAUGGAGAAAUUUAUAGGGAAGAACGACACACAAAUGUGCACAAUUUUACACACAACUCACGAAUUCCAAACGGACACGGUACUACUGAUUGGUUCGUGGUUGAAUUGGUUCAUGCGAAAACUAGAUCCGGAAGAAGCGUUAAUAAUCAACAAUUGCAUAAUAAUGAAAUUUUUGCAUGAACAUGUUGGAUUGCCUGAAAAUGUUGACGAGAUGGAAGAUUUGUUGAAGAUGAACAAACGCAACAUCGAGUAUGGAUUAACCAAACCUUGGGCGUGAUUUUUAUUACAUUGUGUUAUAGCUGUUAAAAGUAGAUUUAAAAUGUAGUCUUAGUUAAUGUUGUUAAUAUAAUAAAAACUAUACUAAACAA